AUGAGCUUGCCAAAUGCGGUGCACCAUCAUCGUCGACGGAGUUCAUCUCUCGAGCGCCGAGACCCUUAUUCCUCCCCUUCUGUUUACUAUGACGAGGAGGCCGUGAGACGUCAACUCCUGGGCUCACGAAACAGAGCCGUCACUUCGUACAUCAAAACUACACGCGAAAACGCUCUCGAGGCCUUCAAGGGCAGUUAUCCCGCUCGGAGGACAAGUCACGAUGAACACCACCAACAACACCAGGAGCUACUGGUGGAUGUCGACCGCACUUUGGAGGACCUCUUGGAACGGGAAGACGUGGACAAAAAUCAACAAAUCACCAUAGAAGACAACGGUCCCAAGCACAUCAGCUUGGGCACAUUGGCCUCUGCAGGUUACCGAUCGGCCGAAGUUCGUGGAAAUUAUAUGAUCAGCAACCUCCUACAAGAGUUGACUUUGGCAAAAGACUUGGGCAAGAAGGUGGUCAAGAUACACCGCUCUCGACUGAGUGAAAACCCCGUCGAUCGGCUUUCGCGACGUAUCAAGGACGAAUUCUGGAACAACCUGACCCGUUGUCUGGACGCCGCCACAAUCGAAAAAGCAGGUCGCGAUCCCAAAGACUGGACUGCCGACCCGAGACCUCGCAUCUAUAUCCCAUCCGGCUGCCCAGAGCAAUUUGAAUAUUACACCCAGGUCGCGAGAGACCGUCCGGACAUGCGGCUGGAUGUCCGCUACCUGCCCGAAGGUCCCAUCACUGCAGAAUACGUGCGGGGCCUCAACCAUGCACCUGGCAUUCUAGCUCUGGCCAUGAGAAAAGAGAUGGUCAACGGGCAAGAGACACUCAAAGGGGAGCCAUUUAUCGUCCCGGGAGGGCGUUUCAAUGAACUGUACGGAUGGGAUAGCUAUAUGGAGUCUCUGGGUCUGCUUGAGAACGGAAGGGUCGACCUGGCCAAGUCCAUGGUCCUAAACUUUGCCUUUUGCAUCAAACACUAUGGUAAGAUUUUGAACGCCAACCGUUCCUACUACCUCACUCGAUCGCAACCACCCUUCCUGACCGACAUGGCGCUUAAAGUCUAUGACAAGAUUAAGCACGAACCGGGAGCCCUGGAUUUCUUACGCUUGGCCAUCCGGGCAGCCAUCAAGGAAUACUAUAACGUGUGGAUGUCUGAACCUCGUUACGACUCCGGAACUGGCUUGUCACGAUACCGGCCAGAUGGUCUUGGGGUACCACCAGAGACUGAGGCGUCUCACUUUGUGCACAUUUUGACACCGUACGCCAAGAAACACGGUAUGACGUUUUCCGAGUUUGUCGAGGCAUAUAACAGUGAAAAGGUGCACGAGCCUGAGCUGGAUGAAUACUUUUUGCAUGAUCGUGCUGUCCGCGAGUCUGGCCACGACACGUCAUACCGCCUGGAGGGCUGUGCCGCGAACUUGGCUACGAUCGACCUGAACUCGCUGUUGUACAAGUACGAAAUCGAUAUAUCCUGGUGUAUACGGCAAUAUUUCAAAGACCGCUUGAGCAUACCCGCCGAAUUUCAGACCGACGCCAACUGCAAGGAAGGGUUCGAGACGUCGGCAACGUGGGAUCGACGAGCACGGUUGCGCAAGGCGCGCAUCGACAAGUACAUGUGGAAUGAAGCCAAGGGCAUGUACUUUGACUACGACACGGUCAAUAAAAAACGCACCACUUACGAGACGGCAACCACCUUCUGGGCGAUGUGGGCAGGAUGCGCAUCUCCCAAACAAGCGGCUGCACUGGUGCUCAACGCUCUCCCCAAGUUCGAUUGCUUUGGAGGGCUCGUGUCGGGUACUGAGGAGUCUCGCGGCGAAGUAGGUCUUGAUCGACCGAACCGGCAGUGGGACUAUCCGUACGGAUGGGCUCCUCAGCAGAUGCUGGCAUGGGGAGGCUUCAUCAAGUAUGGUUAUAUUGAAGAAGCACAGCGACUGGCGUACAAGUGGCUGUACAUGGUUACCAAGGCAUUCGUCGACUUCAACGGGGUGGUGGUGGAGAAGUAUAAUGUUACUCGGGAGCUAGACCCACACAAGGUUGAGGCCGAGUAUGGCAACCAAGGUGCCGACUUCAAGGGCGUGCCUCGGGAAGGAUUCGGCUGGGUCAAUGCCAGUUACGUGUAUGGAUUGUCCUUUAUCCCGAUGCACAUGAAGCGCGCCCUCGGCACCCUCACACCAUACGAGACCUUUGCGAAGGCGACAGAAAUCAAACUUGGGGCGGUUGAGGAUACUAUCCAAGAAGGCUCUGACGAAUCGAGACAGGACUCGGCGGACGAGGCGGUUGUCAGUUCGAGCCUGGAAUCGCUCUGA